GGAUCCAGGUAGUUGGGAAGCCGGGUCAACACCUUAUUUGCCACAUUUUUUUGAGCCGUUCUGUAGUAGCGUUGUCCUGCUGAGGAUGCUGCUGGGGAGUGCCGGUGACGUGAGGUGGCGGUGCAUCGACGUGAAUACCAGAAACACAUUUCCCAGCAGACCACUGCACUGUAAUGAACCACCUAUGAGUGGUUUUAAAGUUGUGGCUGAUCGUUUAUGAACCGAUCAGCCGCCGUUCGGUUCACAAACGAUGGAUGUACGUUGAAAAUGCAGCAAACGUGGUAGAAAACAUCAGUAAGUAGCGGAAAGUGGCUGAGUGACUUUUGUGGAACAGCACAAAUCACACACCAAGCGUAAUCUUUUAAACAGCUCUGCGGGUUACCAGUGUGGCCAAGUGUUGCUUAAUCCCACUUUGUGACCCCCCGCGGUGAGGUGUUGGAGGAUAAACAGCAGCGUAGGUUUAUAUAAACCUCAGAAAACAGCGUGCAGCAAGAGUUCACCGACAAGGACUGCAGACAAGAUUCAGAGAAGUCCCCUGCAUAGAAGAAUGGUUACAAAAACCUUGGCACUGUGGCUGCUGCUGGUGGGUGCAGUGUUCCCACAUGGCUGCUGUCAGCACUGGUCAUAUGGACUGAGCCCAGGAGGGAAGAGAGAGCUGGACAGCUUCUCAGACACACUCGAAAACUUAGAGGGGUUUCCACACAUGGAGGCCCCGUGCCGUGUCAUGGGUUGUGCAGAGGAACCUUUUGCCAAAAUCUACCGAAUGAAAGGACUGAUCGGGAGUAUGGCCGACAGAGAGAAUGGACACCGAACAUACAAAAAAUAAAUGAGGAUCACUUCGCACAAUUAAUUUAUACAUUAGCAUGUCGGCGUCAUUGUGAUUCUUGUAUGACACGCUCUGCUGUCACUUUACUGAAGCACUUUAUGUCAAAUGUUGGAAUGUUGUGCGCAUCAAUCAGCUUUACCUGUGCUUGUCCAAAUAAAAUUAUUGUUUCCCAA